GUGGCAGUGGUUACAGCUGAUCUCAUGUGUCAUACAGAAGAGCCUUGAGACAGCUGCUCUCUGCAGGUUUGAUGCCCCAUGCAAAGGCUGGUUGAUUGUGCCGAAAAUGACCCUACCUCUCCGCUGUGCAGGAAUGGCCAACACUGGGAACCUUUCUGAAGAGCAGGUACACUGCUCCAUCUGUCUUGACGUCUUCAAUAACCCGGUGUCCAUACCCUGUGGACACAAUUUCUGCCAGAGCUGCAUACUAGGAUACUGGAAAACCAGUCCUUUGUACCAGUGUCCUAUAUGCAAGAAGUCCUUCUGCAAAAGGCCUGAUCUUAGUGUCAAUACUGUCCUGAGGGAAAUUGCAGAGCAGUUCAAGGAGAUCAGGGUGAGAAGUGCAGUAGGGAAGGUGAACAAGGAGGAAGACGGGAAACCUGAAAAGGUGAAAAGGCGGACAAUGGACAGAAGAAAGCAGGAGGAUGAGGAGAGGCUUCUGGAGAAAGACAAGAAGGAGCAAGUCCUGGAAGAGCUCAAGCAGAAGCAGGAAGAAGAAAGAAGAAAGAAAGCAUCAAAGGAAAAACCAAGAGAAAUGAUGCACAAGGAAUUACCUCUGCUGCUUCCUCCAACCACAAUACCCCAAUCCUCUCCUCCAACAUCAGCAAUAUUUGAGACGUCACCUCAAGCACCACCACGGGGGCCAUCACCAGAAUCAAUGCCCCAAACAUCAGCCCCACUCUCAGCACAAAUCCCCUUACCUUCUUCCUCAUCACUCCCACCCUGCUCCUGGGAGGAGGUCCUCUGUGACGUAUGCCUGGGGGAAGGCAGGCCAAAGGCAGUCAAAUCCUGCCUCGUGUGUCUUACCUCAUACUGCGCGGAGCACCUGAAGUCUCACACCGCCAGGUUCACCAAGCACAAGCUGAUGGAGCCCGUUGCUAACAUGGAGGACAGGAUGUGUCCGAAGCACGAAAGGCUCCUGGAGCUUUUUUGCAAGAAGGAUCAGACCUGUGUGUGCGUCCUCUGCACAGAGACAGACCACAGGGCCCAUUACACCGUUCCUGUCGAGAGAGAGUGGACAGAAAAAAAGGCACUGCUGAAGAAGACGGAAAUAGACGUCCAGCAGAUGAUACAGGACAGAGUAAAGAAGGUGGAGGAAAUUAAACACUCAGUGGAGCUUAACAAAGCUUGUGCGCAGAGGGAGAUAGAGGACAGCACACAGGUCUUCUCAGAGCUGGUGCGCUCCAUCCAGAGGACCCAUGCCAACCUGGUUUUGGCCAUAGAGGAGAAGCAAAGGCAGACUGAGAGAAGGGCUGAGGGCCUCAUCGCUGAGCUGGAACAGGAAAUCGCAGAGCUAAAGAGUCGGAAUACAGAUCUGGAAAAUGUCGCUCAUACAGACCACAUUCACUUCUUGCAGAAUUUCCCAGCUCUUAACACUCCCCCAUCUGUCAAAGACUGGUCUGAGACCAGUGUUCCCACUGAAACGUGUGUUGGCAUCAUGAGGCGAGCUGUGUCCAAACUGGAGGGAGCCUUAAGUGAUAUGAUUGCAAAACUAGCAGACAGUGAAAUCAAAACGAUCCAAAAUUAUGGAGUUGAUGUUACUUUGAAUCCUGACACAGCCAAUCCGUGGCUGCAGCUUUCUCAGGACAGACGCCAGGUGAGACACUUGGGAGCAUGGCAAGACCUUCCAGAUCAUUCUGAUCGCUUUGACACAGUGGUCAUUGUCCUGGGACGGGAGGGCUUCACUUCAGGAAGACACUACUGGGAGGUUCAAGUGGGUGAAAAAGAUGACUGGUACCUCGGUGUGGCCAGGUCUUCAAUCAACAGGAAGGGCAGAAUCUCUGUAAGCACCACCCAAGGCUACUGGGCUCUGGCCAUGAAGAAAGGCCAAGAGUACAGAGUGUCAACUUCACCACCUUUACUGCUGACCCUCAACUCCAAACCCAAACAAGUGGGUGUGUACUUGGACUACGAGGAGGGGCAGGUGUCGUUUUAUGAUGUAAGAGCUCGGACUCAUAUUUACACGUUCAAAGAUACUUUCGUGGAGAAGAUGAUGCCCUUUUUCUACCUGUACUGCUGUGACAAAGCCUCCGAUACUAUUGUGAUAUGUCCUGUCAAAGAGAAAGGCCUAAUCAAGCAAAGUUACUAAGAAUAUAUACACUACUUUCUAUUUUAU